AUGUAUGUCAACACUGUGGUGCUCUUCGUUGGCCAAAUGAACGACCAGGUUUUUGUUGUGAAAAAGUCCCUCAAAGCAGCAGUGGAUCUUUACCAACAACAUGAGGAUUAUCAGCUCAUCCUAAAUGCUGACAAAAGACCCACAGAUGAACAUGCUCGCACAUAUAACCUGCCAACAGCUACUGAGGUUGCUGUCCUCAUGCCCGGUGAACAGCAUGGCCACCUUGACAUCGUGCUCCAAACAAAAGAAGGUCGCCUGCAACGCAUCAACCCCCGCCACCGUAGCUAUGACCCAUUGCACUACGUUUUACUUUUCCCACAUGGUACAGAUGGAUACACAGACAAUUUCACCCAUGCAACAGGUAAUAAAUCCACCUCCCCUACAGAGUACUAUCGAUAUCGCCUCCAAGUACGACACCAACAAGACAACUACAUAAUGAAGUCGAAACGCCUCACACAGCAGUACGUAACUGAAGCUUUCGUCAAAGCAGAAACAGAACGAUUCCGAUGGGUCAGAAACCACCAACAAGACAUUCGAGCUGACAAAUACAAGGGCCUACUUGAUGCUGUAACAGAUGAUGACGAAAUGAACGCCGGUACCAAAGUUAUCCUCCCCCCAACUAUCUAUGGCAGUCCACGCUGGUACGCUGAGGCAUUCCAGGAUGCAAUGGCCAUUGUUAGGAAACAUGGACGACCGCACUAUUUCAUCACAUUCACCUGUAAUCCUAAUUGGCCCGAGAUCAAGUCAUCCCUAUUCCCUAAUGAACAGGCCAAAGACAGACCAGACAUCACCGCCAGAGUCUUCCACAUCAAAAUGAAGGCACUCUUGGAAGAUCUCACCAAGAACCAAGUCCUUGGGGAACUUCUCGCCUACACUGCCAUGAAGGAAGACCAAAAACGAGGCUUACCACAAGUACACAUCUUACUCAUCAUGCCCGAGGCAGACCGUCCACGACAACCAAGCGACAUCGACAACGUCAUCUCAGCCGAAAUUCCUGAUCAAAACAUCAACCCGCAACUGCAUAAGAUUGUCACAAGACAUAUGCUCCAUGGACCCUGUGGCAACAUCAAUCGUAAUAGCCCCUGCAUGGACAGUACCAAAGCAGUACCAACUUGCUCAAAAAACUACCCCAAGGACCUACACAAAGACACACUCUUCGCUGAUGCCCUUUAUCCGCAAUACAGAAGAAGAUCCCAAGAUGAUGGCGGCAACACACACCACAUGAAAGUGCACGGCCAGGAAUUCACCGCAGACAACAGAUGGGUGGUGCCGUACAAUCCGUACCUCACCUUGAAGUACAACUCCCAUUUGAAUGUCGAAGCAGUCAUCAGUGUCAGCUGCGUUAAGUACCUGUACAAGUACACCUGCAAGGGUUCCGACCGAGUGAUGAUGGCAAUCAACGGUACAAACGAACGCGAUGAAAUUGAACGUUUCGUCAAUGCACGUUACGUCAGUGCAUCUGAAGCAUACUGGAGGCUCUAUGACUUCAGUAUCCUCAACAAGUACCCACCAGUCGCCAAACUCCCAGUACACCUACAGGAUGAACAAACAGUCCUCUUCACUCCAGACAAUGCACGUGAACUUGCCGCACAACCACCACCUGAGACGAAGUUAACCAAAUUCUUCGAAUUGAAUCGAACAGACCCAGACGCUCGCCACAUUCACUACCCAGACAUCUACCACCACUACAGAUGGAGUAACAACAAAUGGAUGAAACGAAAAAGAACAGUCACCAAAUUCACACAAACAGAUGACAACAAAUCAGACAUGAUUGGCCGCAUUCCAGUUAUCAAUCUCAACCCACACCAAUCACAACUCUACUACCUCCGACUACUUCUCUACCACAAACCCGGCCCAACCAGCUUUCAGGACUUGCGAACCGUCCAUAGUCAAACAUGUCCAACCUACAAAGACGCCUGCCUCCAACUGGGUAUACUUGACACAGAUGAAGAAAUAGACAGAGUCCUUGAAGAAGCAGCAUCAAUUCAGUUUGGUACUACACUCAGACACACAUUUGCAACAAUCCUCAUAUGGAUACAACCAACACAAGCGCUAGACCUUUGGGAACGACAUAAAGAUGCCCUGACACAGGACCUCCUCCGCAAGCACAACACCAACGAACUCACCAGACGCAUCAGCAACGAGGCUCUCUUUGACAUUCAAGAACACCUUGAACACAACGGUUACGAUCUAACAGAUUUUCACUUGCCUAAACCUGAUCCGAUUGAUGCAGAUAGCACACAACAAUUACCACAAGAGCUCAGAGAUGAACUGCGCUAUGACAUCCAGGAAUUAACAGACGUUGUCAACCAAAACCAGCCACGCCUAAACCAAGAUCAACAACUGAUUUACACAGCCGUCCUUGAUUCGGUAUUCAACGACGCCGGCCAAAUGAUUGCAAUCGAUGCACCAGGAGGAACAGGAAAAACCUUCCUGCUCACUACCCUUCUAGCCAAAGUUCGCUCAUCAGGAUAUAUAGCAUUGGCGACAGCAACCAGUGGCAUAGCAGCUACCCUACUACCCAACGGUCGAACCCUACACUCGCGAUGUAAAGUCCCAGUCCAAACACUAGAUGACAGUUCCGUUUGCAACAUUUCAAAACGUAGUGCCACAGCAGAACUUUUCCGACAGUGCAAACUACUGGUCAUUGAUGAAGUCACCAUGGGCCACAGAAGAGUCUAUGAAGCUGUCAACAGAACUCUCCAAGAUAUACGCAACAGUGACAAACCUUUCGGUGGCAUCACAGUAGUCCUCUCAGGAGACUGGAGACAGAUCCUACCCAUCGUUCGUCGUGGCAGCCGUGCAGAUAUUGUCAAUGCCUGUCUCAAAUCAUCACCACUAUGGACCCACGCACAAGUAAUGCAAAUGAACGCUAACAUGCGUGUCCAACUUGCCAACAACACAGAUACACAGACAAACUUCGCCCAGCAACUACUUCAUAUUGGGGAAGGACGCACAACCCAAUACCCAGAAAUCGGCACCAAUAAAAUCCAUCUCAACAACAACUACAUCUGUGAAGGUGACAAAUUGACAGAACUCUGCAAAUUUGUCUUCCAAGACCUCUCCAACAACUUCCAAGACCCAUCAUGGCUCUGCUCCAGAGCCAUAUUGUGCCCAACGAACCAAGCUACUGAUGACGUGAACUUCCACAUGAUAAACAACUUCCCAGGAAAUGCCAUAGAAUACAAAAGUGCAGACAAACUCAUCGACAACGACAACACCAACCAACGCCAAUACCCAGUAGAGUUCCUCAACAGUUUGUGCCCUUCAGGAAUGCCUCCACACAUCUUAAAAAUCAAAAAGAACUGCCCAAUCAUGUUACUACGCAACCUCGACCCAGCAAAUGGACACUGCAACGGCACGCGCUACAUCACCAAAUCGCUCCACUCACAUGUCAUCGAAGCCACAGUCGCCAUGGGAGUCCAUCAAGGCAAGACCAUCUUCAUUCCACGCAUUCCUAUAUCCCCAUCGGAUAACAUCUUUCCCUUCAAGAUGACACGUCGUCAGUUCCCAAUAAGACCAUAUUUCGCCAUGACGGCCAACAAGGCACAAGGACAAACGCUCGCCAAAAUCGGCCUCUACCUCACCAAAGACUUCUUCUCACAUGGCCAACUUUAUGUCGCCAUGAGCCGUGUCGGCAACCCCAACAAUAUCAAGAUCUUGCAGUGCCAAACCAAACACCCAGAAUACAUCACCAACAUCGUUUUCAAGGAGGUCCUUUAA